AAUUGAAUCUUCACAGUUUUCAGGGUUAAGACGAAGAGCCUGUUCUUCAUACGUUUCAUUCUCUCGUGGUAUCCUAAACUGACAGAAAUUGCACUUCGCCUAAUUGUUAUCUAUAUUUGUAUCGCAACACGAACGAAAACCCUAAUUCUGUACUCGUCUCUGAUAGAACUCUUAACACUCCCAUCUUCAUUGAAAUCUCUCGCUGUCUUUUUGCUAUCUCUGUAUCUGUUCGCUCUUCAUAGUGAGACUCUCUCUCUGCAUUGCUUGGAUUGGGGAUAUUAUUGGUCGGCGGUUACGGUUUCCGUGUAGUUAUCAAUCAUAGCGUGUUAGGGUUAGUGUUCUCUCUAAUUCGUUCUUUAGACUUUUCCUAUAUUUUGUGCUGUUCAAACCCUAGGAGUUGGAGGUUGCAUACGUAAUUGCGGACGUAUAUGUGUUUGUUCUAGGGUUUGUAGUUUUGCGCAUUAUUAUGCGGUGUUUGACUGUGAUUUUUAUCUCUUCCUAGGGUUUUUUUGUAUUGUUACUGGUGGAUGGGCGUGAACUAAUUCACAGAAUCUUGUGUGUUCCUUCAUUGUUGCUUCUUCGUUCUUUAGUUUUUUCGAUUUCUAUUACAGAGAUGAUGGUUUCCUAAAUGUGUUGUCAUCGACUGCAAAUCCAUCUUUAACAGAUGGAUUCGUAGAGAGGGAGACAGAAACAGGGAGAGUUUCUAUGGUGUUUGUUCCUCAUGCCUCUUGUUUCCUUUGUUUUUGCCCUCUGGGUUAAAACUUGUUUCAAAAUUUGCUUUUUCUAAUUUGGUAUAUCGUGGUAGACACUCUAGUGCUGAAGGAUAUGGAACAAUAGCCAAUAACUUUUUUGAUAGAGGUAGUUUGGAGCAAGAGUGUUUUGUUUAGUGAAUAACAAGAUAGGAUUAAGAUAGGUUGCGAACGAUUUUGUAUAGCAGCAAACAAUUUUUGGGAGUGGGGGUAACAAGCUGAUAGAGGUGUAAGUUUUUAUUAUAUCUGAUGGUGCUCUGUACUCCUGAUGGAAAGAAGUGAACCAGCUUUAGUUCCAGAAUGGUUGAGAAGUACUGGAAGUGUCACUGGGGGUGGCAGUUCAGUCCCCCACUUUUCAUCAUCAUCUUCUCACUCAGACGUGCCUUCGUCGGUACAUCAUACCAGAAAUAGGAAUCCUAAGAACACAAUUGAUUUUGAUUCCCCAAGGCCGGGUUUCUUUGACCGAACAUCGUCCUCCAAUUCUCGCAGAGGUUCUAGUUAUGGUUCUACAAAACAUGCAUACAGUAGUUUUGGCAGGAGUCACCGGGAUAAAGACCAUGAGAGGGAUAAGGAGAGGUCGAGCUUUACUGAGCUCUGGGACCCUGAUGGUUUUGAUUCGUUAGGAAACUUUAACAGUAGAGGUGACAAUGCAUUGAGGCGUUCUCAGUCGAUGGUAUCGAGGAAACAGAGUGACAUUUUACCCCGGAGAGUUGUUGGGGACUCAAAAAAAAGCAGUGGCAGCCAUUAUAACAACGGCAAUGGUAUGUUUUCUGGGGUUAAUAUAGGUAAUAGCAUCCCGAAAAUGGUGUUUGAGAAAGAUUUUCCAACGCUUGGAACUGAUGAGAAGCAAGGAAUUCCUGAUAUAGGAAGGGUUUCAUCUCCUGGUUUGUGCACGGCUGUCCAGAGCUUGCCCGUUGGAAAUGCAACCAUGAUUGGUGGUGAGGGAUGGACCUCUGCUCUGGCAGAGGUGCCUGCUAUAGUUGGGAGUAGUACCUUAACUACUACAGCUGCUGCGCAAACUGUUGCUGUUGGUUCUGUCUCUGGGACUUCAACUCCAGUGGCAGGUAUGAAUAUGGCCGGUGCUCUUCAGAAUCCAUCACGAACUCGUGCUGCGCCCCAGUUAUCUGUCCAGACACAAAGGCUUGAGGAAUUGGCAAUUAAGCAGUCAAGGCAAUUAAUCCCUGUGACACCCUCAAUGCCCAAGGGAUCAGUUAUCAGUUCUUCUGAUAAAUCCAAACCAAAGUCAUUAGGCAAAGCUAGUGAGACGAUUAUGGCUGCCAAGAGUGGCCCGCAGCCAAGUGCUUCAUUACACCAUGUCAAUCAAUCUUUACAUGGUGGGCAUGUGAAAUCUGAUGUGCCAAAGACAUCUCAGGGAAAGCUUUUUGUUCUCAAACCAGGUUGGGAAAAUGGUCUAUCCCCUUCCACUAAGGAUACUGGUUUGGCAACUAAUGCCAACGGCAGAGUCCCAAAUACCCAGGCUGCUGCUGCUCCUUUGGUUGCUUCUGCUUCUUUGAGGAGCCCAAACAACUCAAAACUUCCAACUGGGGAUCGGAAAUCCAAUUCCGUGAAUCUGAUUUCAGGAUUAUCUGUGGAAAAGAGAUCUUUGCCUCAAAGCCGGCAUGAUUUUUUGAAAGGUCUGAAGAUGAAAACCCAAGGGAACACUUCUGCUAUCCUCCCUGAUUCACCCACUAUUGAUACAUCUCCUACUGCAGAGAAGCCUCGCGAAAUAACUAAGGAUCUAGGUAGUGCCCCUGCAACACCUCAUGCUGCUAAUAAUGGUGCUGAGGUAACUAGCAACGGCGAUGCCUGUUCAGAGGUUCAGAGGUUUUCUGAUGUUGGAGAGAAGAAUAUGAGCCCCCGCGCGGUAGUGGAUUCAGUUGAAGAGGAGUUUGCAUUUCUUCGGUCUCUUGGUUGGGAAGAAAAUUCUGGUGAGGAUGAAGGCCUUACGGAGGAGGAGAUCAAUGCGUUUUACCAGCAAGUAAAUGAGUACAUGAAAUCGAAGCCAGCCUUGAAACUGUGCCAAGGUGCGCAGCCAAAGAUUCCUGAAUCACGUACAACUAGUGUUGGGGGAGCUUCCUCUGAGUUUAGGUCAUCUGAUUCUGGGUCUGAAGAUUGAUUUAGAUCUGUGAAAUUCCAAAUUUUCGCGACGGUUGGUUAGUUUCUUUUUUCUUUCUCUUAAAAGCUGAUCUGAUGAUUUGGGGUAUCAAAGAGGGGGGGGGGGGGUGGGUUUUUGGUUGGAACUGGGCAGUUUGCAGAUAUUGCAAUAAAGAUAAGGGCGCCUUAAUCCUCUGCCAGGAAAUGUCCUUUUGGUUACUAGGUUGGUUUGGGAGGGUAGGUUAAGGGGCUAUUUUAUAUGGGAUGAAAUUGCAUCAUUUGGGGCAUUUUGUCCUUCACAUUUUCCUUAAGAGCGUUUGAUUUUACAAGGAAAAAGCUUUUGUUGUUUUUGGUCAAUUUCACAAGAAAAGGAAAUCAAUUAGUGCCAUUUUUAGUUGAUUUGUACUGUCAUUGUUCCUUUCCCCCUCCCUCAGUUACCACAUUCUUUAGAUUUUUGUUAAGAGCAAUCAUGUUUGUUUGCCAAGGCAGUAAUAACACGUGCAAGAUUGAAAUUUAAAAA